CUAAAAAUAUAAAAAUAUAAAUAUAAAAAUCUUCCCUCUUCCCCGUCCAUCUACGUUUCCCAGUUCCUCUUCUCCCUAAAACGCUCACCGUCUCUUAUUAAAAUCCUGACAACGACCAAGAAACCGACCCCUCACUCUUUCUCUCUUUACCCGUUUACUCAAAACCCUAAUUGACUCGAUUCGAUUCGAUUCGAUUCGAUCCGAUUCCAUGGCCGUAGUGCUUGGAUCAUCGCCGAAGGAGGAGUCAGAAUCUGCCUUCGAGACCUCCUCCGUCCACUCCGGCGAUACCUCCGGUCUUAGGGAUGCCGAUAUCAUGACGGAGGUUUUAAUGUCGAGGAGCGAGGAGUAUCGGUUGCUCUUCCGGCUCCCGAAGGAUGAGGUCCUUGUUCAGGAUUUCAACUGUGCUUUCCAAGAGAAUAUUCUCCUUCAGGGUCACAUGUAUUUGUUUAUUCAUCAUAUCUGUUUCUAUUCAAAUAUUUUUGGAUUCGAGACAAAGAAAACAAUUGCUUUUCAUGAGGUUACUUAUGUCCGAAAAGCAAAGACUGCUGCAAUUUUCCCUAAUGCCAUUGAGAUUAUUACUGGGGAUAAAAAGCACUUCUUUGGUUCCUUCUUGUCUCGUGAUGAAGCCUACAGACUCAUUGUGGAUGGUUGGGCACAACAUAAUGAUGAUUCCAGGGCCCUUUUGGAUCAUCAGGAGUCGAAAUCAGAAAACAACCAAGACAAUGACAUUGUUGUUGUGGAAAGAGUAACAGGAUCAACAGAGUUCAUAGAUGCUUCGUCAUCUGCAGAGAGGACAAAGGAUGCUAAUGCUUCAGAAAAAUGCAAACUUUUAUUAAAUGGUAACAGUGAAAGCAAAGCAUCAGAAAAUUUUCAAGAAAACCAGGAGAACGGAAAGCAUGCAAAUUCUGAUAAUCCACCUUCUAGCGAGCCUUCUAUUUGCGAGGAACUUGAUGCUCCUGAAAUACCCGAGAAUUUUACAUUGGUUAUAGAGGCUAAGUUUCCGGUCACCGUAGAGGAGUUCUUCACUCUUUUCAUCUCUGAUAAUGCUUCUAACUUCCUGGAAAAUGUUCACCAAAGGUGUGGGGACAAAGAUUUUCUGUCUACUCCAUGGCGUCCACACGAAAAAUUUGGGCAUGCACGUGAUUUAUCCUUUCUUCACCCAGUCAACGUAUAUAUUGGUGCAAAGUUUGGUCGUUGUCAGGAGGUCCAGAAAUAUCGUGUUUUUAAGAACAGCCAUUUAGUGAUUGAGACAUCUCAACAAGUCAGUGAUGUGCCUUUUGCGGAUUACUUUCAUGUCAAGAGGAUAUGGGAUGUUGAGAAGAUUGCUGAAGAAGAGAAUAGUUGCAUUAUGCGUGUGUACUUCAAUGUGGCAUUUUCAAAGAAGACAAUGUUUAAGGGUAAAAUAGAGCAAUCAACAAAAGAUGAGCUGCGGGAAGUUCAUGCAAUUUGGAUCAACAAUGCCCAUGAACUAUUGAAGCAAAAGAAUGAGGUGAAGCAGAAAGGGAUUGCUGAUCGGAAUGCAGAUAUGAUUCAGGAUCAGAAUGAAGGAGCUGGAAGUUCUUCAGGACACGAAGGAUCAGCAGAAAACUUGCGUCCAACUGUGAAUCCUUCAGUGGCCCCCCAGACAGUGCUUCUGGGGAAUAGUGGCUCAAGGAUUAACUGUCCUGUGCAAGAGUACUCGAUAAUUACAUCAGUGGUUUCCUUUUUUAAAGGAUCAUGGGCUACUUUGCUGUCAAAUACUAGAAUUCGAAGUCAGUUUCCGCUUUAUCUAGCAGUGGCAGUUGUUGCCAUUCUUAUCCUAAUGCAGGAAAGUUCUCUUAGAUUUUCUAUUCCUUCUAUUUUUCGUUAAUAUAGAAAAACUAUUUAUGCAUGCAAACCUUCGCUUAAAUAUCAUGUUGAAUGAGUGAAAAGUUCUCACGAGCAAUUUUAACUUUUGGUCUGUCACAUUAAGCUCAAGAUUAUUUUUUCCACCUCAUAUGUCUUUUUCCUGAUAGUAAGAUUGGUUAGUAAUUACUGUUUAUCUGAAAUUCCUUAAAAUAAUAGUUGAAGAUAAUUCACUAUAGAAAACUUACCAUCUUAUCUUCUAUUCCUGUUAGUAGGGCUGAAAAUGAAUUGAAUAAAUAUUUCGAAUUUGAAUCUGCAUUCAAAUAUCUUUCUCUGAAUAGAAAUUUGGACACGAAUACUUUAAUACAUGUAUUUGAUUACCAUUUUAUAGUUUUUGCAUACUGAACUAUUUAAUUAAAAGAAAUAUUUAUUUCUGUGUUAGAGAGAUGCUUUAAUUUUCAAAGAAUUUGAAUUUUUUUAAAUAACAUAAAACCAAAAUUGAAAAUGAUUCUUUGUAACUAUGAUGUAAAAAUCUGUAAUUUGAAUAUUUGGGUAAAAACUAAUUUCGGGCUGUUUAGUCAUCUCAAAAUUAGUAUAGAAUUCAAACUAAAAACGUAUGGGAGAUUAAAAAACAUAAAUCAUGUAAAUUGUGCAAGUUGUAAGAGAUCAAAUUUUAUGAAUAAAAUCGAACAUGCAAGUGUUCAUAUUUAAUUUGUUUAAUAUUCGAAUACUAAAAUUAUUUGAUUUCUCUUAAGUGAUAUCUAUAAUUGAAUUUGGACGAAUAAUAAUUAAACUGUUUGAUAGUUAGAUAAACUCCCACCCCUACCCAUUAUACUAAGAAAAUUUAAUAGGUGCCGCUGCUUCUUGCUCUGAUGAGCUUUAAAUUGUAUAACCAGAAGGAUAUCACGCAUUCUUUCAUACAUUUCAUUUUAUAGUAAACUUAUAUCACAUUUUGCAGAUAUGGUCUCUGACAGUUCAUAUUCCUUUUGCAUUGCUCGCAGAUGAGCAUCAUCAUUCUACUGACGAGAGUGCCUGAAGUUCAUGUAAUUAAUCACGGGAAUCAAAUUAGCGGUAUUAGUGGAUACAGAGCAGAGAACAUAGAGUGGAUGGAGAAACGUGUAGACUAUCUCAAGGAAGAAAUG